AUGGCCUCCCCCCGUCCUGCCUCUCCUCUGACCUCAGGUGCCGAGUCUGGCCCCGACUCCAAGUCCGCCGGCGCUGCUGUCGCCUCCGGCUCUGCCGUCGGCCGUCCUUCCUCGCCCACUCCCCCCGGCGGUCCUCGCGCUGCUAUGCGCCGUCGUGCCGCCGCUGACCACAAGGAGUCUCUUCGCAAUGUUCGCCCCAGCUCUACUCGCUCUGCUGGUGCCGGUGGUUCUUCGGGUACCAUGCUGAAGCUCUACACUGAUGAGAGCCCCGGUCUGCGGGUCGACCCCGUUGUUGUUCUGGUGCUGAGUCUGGGCUUCAUCUUCUCGGUUGUUGGUCUGCACGUCAUCGCCAAGGUUUCCCGCAAGUUCUCCGCAUAA